AAAUGUUUUACUCCGCCUCGACCUCAAUUUUCGCGCGACUGAAAAAAAUUCAUGUCAACGUCACCAGAGGGCAGUCUAACAAAAUGGCAGCCUCCAUGAGAGUGUUUGCUGCAAGUUUAGUUCCACGAAUCCACUUAAAUCUGUUGUCACCAGCUUCAACUCCAUGUCGUACCCGGUGUAUUAAGCAGAAGAACAUUCACAAAGCUGUAGCUCCUGCUUUGAGUUCAUCGCCACAGACCACACCCAUUAGGGGUGUUACCUCUGCACCCCUCUACCAGCCCCCUGCCCUUCAGCAGGGCUCGUUCAGGGGGGAUGAGCUCUCCACGAUAUGCUCCAGGCUGACUGGUCUAAGUCUCAAAGCCCCAGCUCCAGGUCCUGAUGGACGUCUGAUCCAGACAAGGUCCUUCUCAAGCUUGAUUUGUAGCAGGUACACUGGAGGAUUUAGCAACAAAAAAAUCAGUGCAAACCAGAAGGUGGUCACGUCUCCAGUGUUAGCCCAUCAGCCCCACAGGACAGUGGUACGAUACAGUAUCAGCAAAGGCAAGAAGAAGACUGUUCACGCAGUGAUUGACAGAUUCUACAGACUUGACUGUGGUCUGUGGGUGAGACCGCAAUCUGGAAGGGCCAAGAAACUGUGGAAGAAAACCCCAAGACGCCGGUACCGACUGAAGCAGCACGUCUUCUGCAACAAGACCCAGUCCAAGAUGCUGGACAGGAUGACUUCUGGCUUCUGGAAGAAGAGGCGUCAUUAUCUCGAUGACCCCUUUGAACAGUAUCAUGAGAGGCACUUCGAUGUCAUCCCUCCAGGCAGUAAGGUUAAAGGACAAUAGAGACCUAACAGAAAUCAAUUUUAAGGCGAAU